GCGGCUUCACUAGGGGGUUUCAACGGUUGCUGGCCUCGCUCAUCACCUGGACAACUGAUGAACACGUUAAUUGCUCUACUAACUAGCAAUUUUUUUGUGUGAAAAAAUAACAAGGUGUGAAUACAAAGUGCCCAAUUCCAACAAAUGUCCCGCCAGCAAGUGCUGUUGUGGAUUUCCCUCUCUUCCAGGAGUGAACAGAUUGUUCUGCAUAGUCUCAGCCGUCCACUGUGAAUAUUAAGCGAGAAGAGUUCUGACCUCUUUCAGUGAGACAUUGUGAUGGAAUGAUAACAAAUCUGACUGACGCCUCGCCGCUGUGUUUUUAAAUAUUUAUUUUCCAAUUCUGCCUCUCAACCACUACAACUCCUUUACCCUUUCACCAUCUGUCUCCUUGUUUUCAUCUAUUCUCUCCAUCUCACUCUCCUCUGUCCCAUUGGACUGUGAUUGUCACCAUGAAGCUACUUCUGUCUUCAGGCCUGUGUGGCAUGACCCCUUACCAGGGCUCCAUAGUAGGAGGACUCUAUUUUUUGAUGGUGGGCGUCAUGCAAAUGGUCUUUGAGUUUGGCCAUCUGCGCACAGCCAAGGAGAGCACAAACAACUUCACAGGCUCCCAGCUUCUGCCCCAGGUGUGCUUCGGUUACUACUACUCUCUGCUUAUCCUGGGUGGCAUCACUCUACUGCUGACCCUGUGCAUGCUCGGAGCAGUUUGGGCCCACCAGCAUGUGGGCAUCCUGGGCUUUGCAGUCUGGCUGACGCUGUACGACGUGAUUCUGUUGUUGGUCACUUGCCUGCUCCAGAGGCAGAUGCAGGCACUGGGCUUGGAGCUGAGUGUACUGGAGUGGUACGGCGUGAUAUGCAGGGUCAUGGGAGACCCCUUCUGGCUGGCCCUUGUAAUCACACACGGUUUGGAAGUGCAGAUUGAGAGGCAUCGGCUUGGGACACGACAACGCAAAGGCGGGAUUCCAAAGGAGGGGACACAGCUCAAACUGAAAUUUAAGGCCUUUGACAGUAGUGUUUGAAAUAGAGACCCUAAUAGACACCGGUAUGUAAACAUGACCAACUGACGUGUUACAGUGCUUCCAGAUGCUGGUUUAUAUUUCAGUCUUAAUUAACGUAAUUUAUUAUUUUUGUUUCUCACAGGUCUCUUCAGAUACGAAAAUAAAAACGUUUUUGGAUUUUUACUUAC